AGGACUUUCUUACUGGUUUAAUUAGUUCUUGUCAUUGUCCUGCGGAGGGGGAUUAAACUUACAUCGGUCGCAAAGUAGCAGCAAAGCCAGUGCGUUGGUUAUAUUUCCAGCAAGCGGUUUGUAUGAUAAAGACGAGGCUCUGUAAACUGCAUAUAGGCUGAGUUUGGCGGUCAUCGGCGCUCAAAACACGCAUGUUUUCCCUGCUGUCCCGUUUGGCAUGCAUUUGUAAGCGCCGUCUGACGCAUUUCACUUGUCUACUUUCUGUUCAUCCAGGAGGAGCCGAGGUUAGGAUCGACUCCUUUAGCCAUGUUAGCUGCAACAUGUAACAAAAUAGGGAGUCCGAGCCCUUCACCGUCGACAAUUUCGGAUAACUCCUCGUCAUUUGGAAAAGGUUUCCACCCGUGGAAAAGAGCCGCUGCGAGUAGCUGCAGUCUCGGAUCCGGCCUGCCCGGUUUCGGGGUAUCGCGUAAUGGAUCUGGCAUCUCGGACUCUUUUGGCACCAACAGCUCCACCGGAUCCAGUGCCUUUUCCCUCACGUCCGGUACCUCGUCUAGUUCACACUUUGGAAACGAUUAUUCGGUUUUCCAAGCGUCCGUGUCGAGCAGCUCUCAAGAGUCCAGCCACCAGCCGGUCUUCAUCUCAAAAGUGCACACCUCAGUGGACAGUUUGCAGGGCAUCUAUCCGAGGAUGAGCGUUGCGCAUCCUUACGAGUCCUGGUUCAAAUCGUCUCAUCCCGGGAUCCCCACGGGAGACGUUGGUACCACCGGAGCCUCUGCAUGGUGGGAUGUGGGAGCGGGAUGGAUUGACGUUCAGAACCCUAACGGAGCAGCAAUACAGACGUCCUUACAUUCCGGUGGACUCCAGACCUCCUUGCACUCUCCCCUGGGCGGAUAUAACUCUGAUUACUCGAGUUUAAGUCACUCUGCUUUCAGUACAAGUCCAUCUCCACACCUGUUGACAACCGGCCAACACCUGAUGGACGGUUUCAAGCCGGUGUUAUCCUCUUAUCCCGACACAAGCCCCUCUCCUUUAACCGGGGCAGGAGGGACUAUGCUCUCCGGGGGUCCACCUGCGUCUUUAGCGGGGUCUCCGAGGUCAUCUGCCCGGCGGUACUCGGGAAGAGCCACCUGCGACUGUCCAAACUGCCAGGAGGCGGAGAGACUGGGACCGGCGGGCGCCAGCCUCCGGAGGAAAGGUCUCCACAGCUGUCACAUUCCAGGCUGUGGGAAGGUAUACGGGAAAACCUCGCACCUAAAGGCGCAUUUGAGGUGGCACACAGGCGAGAGGCCGUUUGUGUGCAACUGGCUCUUUUGCGGAAAAAGGUUCACUCGCUCCGACGAGCUCCAGCGACAUUUACGCACACACACAGGGGAGAAGCGAUUCGCUUGUCCGGUGUGCAACAAGAGAUUUAUGCGUAGCGAUCACCUGAGUAAACACGUAAAAACUCACAGCGCCGGGGGAUCUGCCGGCUCUGGCUCCGGGGGCAGCGGAGGGAAGAGGGGGAGUGAUACCGACAGCGAGCACAGUGCACCGGGAAGCCCUCCAUGCCAUUCCCCAGACCUGUUGCACCCACCUGAGUCUGCCCAGGGAGUAGGCAUGAACGGGCUCUAAAAAAAACUCCCCCAGUGAAGUGAAAACUGUAAAACAGCAAAGUGUCGUGAUGGAAUUGUCCGAGAGGACAUGAAAGUGGACAUACUUUGGUGCAUCAUCAUUGUCAUUUAAUGAGAAAAUCGGCCUCUAUGUUUCUUUGACUCUUUCAAAGUGCUUAAGACGUCCAAUUGAAUAAUUUCAUAGCCGUGCCAUCAGAAACUUCUCAUCUGCGGUGUGAAAGUGUAGUCAAGUCCUUGUGUGACACACUGUGGGAGGGCACGAUCAAAACUUUUUAUUUUACUUACUGUUUUUCUUUUGCAGCCCGAUCCUGAAUAC